AAACACGUCCUGGAUCUCGCCUACAGAGCAGCCCAGGAGUUUGUUUUGGGUGGGAAGCACAGAGAAGCCGUUCCUGCAGCUCUGCAAGCCCUGCGCUUCAGCACCCAAGUGUACGGCCCUGGUUCCCUGCAGCUGGUGCCUGCUUAUCUCCUCCUGGCCCAGGCCUCCACUGGGGCUGGUGAUCUCCCACAGGCAUCCACGUUCCUCUCCCAAGCCCAGUGGAUUGUCCUCAGCACUCCAGACUGCAGCACUGCUCUUCAGGCUCAGUUACAUCAGGGUCUGGGGCUUUUGUGUGUCGCCAAAGGAAACUCUGAGCAGGCUUUAUAUCACCUGGCAAACAACAUUUAUCUUGCGAGCUCCACCUUUGGAUUGAAGGCUAUUGAGACCUCUGGAGGGUAUUUCCACAUGGCUAAUGUUUUCUUUCGCCAGAACAAAAUGGACGUAGCGAACUCGCUCUAUGCUGAGGUAACCAGCAUCUGGCAUGCCUUUCUCCUGAGGUCACUGCACGCACAGGAGCAGAUUCUCCAGCCAGGACCGGAAACGUCUCCGCUCGGCCAGGAGCAGGAAGCUGGCCCGGAGCGGAUGUCUGAAGCCCAGCAAGCAGAAGGAAUCCAGGCACUGACCACGGUGUUGGAUAUCCGAGAGCAGGCACCGAAGCAAGAGCCUGGGGAGACUGCCAGGGUUCUGCACGCUCUUGCCAUGCUCUAUUACCUCAUCAGGGAUUUACCCAAGGCUCGUGAGGUGGGGGUGAAAGCCUUGGACCUGGUGAAACAACUGCCCCAACAGGAGUCUGGAGAAGCCAUCGGUCGUUUGUUGAAGUUGAUUAACUCCAAGCUUUCCUGCACAAAAUAA